UAUGACACAUGCGCAGUGUGCAGCAUACGCUUAAGUUGCAUCUGACCCACACGUGUGUUUUUCUGUCUACGCUUCCUGUUGGAGCAUAACAUGGCAAAGAAACAAAAUAAGAGACAUAAAAAAAGCCAAAACCGCAACAUAAAGGAAGAGAACACACACAAUAAUGAUUGGCAGCCAGAAGAAAACACAGAAGUGGAGAUGCGACAGGAGGAGAGUGGAGACGAGCAAGAUCUUCAGGUGGACAUUGAGGUAAAAAGAAACGUCCCCACGGUAACGGUGUCUUGGGAGAAGAAGGGUGCAGAAGGAGAAGAAGACAAGACAGAGAGGACAGGUGCUGUAAAUAGAAAACGGACAGCAGACGCUGCCUCCGAUUCUUCCCCGUCAAAGAAAACCAAACUGACCAACGACGGUCUUUGUCUCUAUGUUGGCAACCUGAACUUCACCAAAACAUCGGAGGAAAUCAGAAGCUCUCUGGCGAAGUGCUUCAUGACGCAAAGUCUGCUGUUUCAUGACAUCCGCUUGGGACAUUCCAAGAGGCAUGCGUUUGUAGAUAUGGCCUCAGAUAUGGACCUGAAGAAAGCUUUGGCUCUGAAUGGAGAGGAAAUCCUGGAUAAGCCCAUGAAGAUGGCAAAGGCCAAAGUUAAAAGCAACAACCAGGGCAAGUCGAAAGCGCCACCUGUGGAUAAGAAAGUGAAAGACAAGCGGUGUUUGUUUCUGAAGAACGUCCCGUACGACGCAACCGAAGAAGACAUCCGAAAGGUUUUCCACAAAGCCAUCUCUGUUCGCUUUCCUGGAGGAGCCAAAAGUCCGACUCAAGGCAUUGCCUUUGUGGAGUUUAAAAACAAAGCCAUCGCUGAGGAAAUGCUGAAGAAAAAACAAACAGCUCAAAUUAAAGGCCGGAACCUGAUCCUGGAUAAUGUACAACAAAGAGAGGCCGACGAAGGCAAAGCCAGCGGUAAAAAAACGAAGGCUGCAGCUCCUCCAAAUAACAUCUUAUUCGUAACCCGUUUGCCUGAAAAAGCAAAAGAAAGGCACCUGAAAUACGCCUUUAAAAAAGCUGUUGGUGUGAGGAUUCUCACACGGCCAGGAGUCACUGCAGGGAAGGAUGAAGGAAAACGGUUUGCCUUUGUCGAGUUUGCAACUGUGGCCAACGCUGAAAAAGCGCUGCAGAGGUCCAAAACCAUCAAGCUCUGCAACCAAAAGAUCAAAGUUGAAAGGGGUCGCAUUGGUGUGAAGCCUGUGAAAGCUGAAGGUCAGCAGAAAACCUUGUUUGUUGCCGGCCUGGCUGAGACGACGACCGCAGAAACUCUUCAGAGCGCUUUUGACAGAGCCGUCAGCGCAAGAGUCGCCGUUGAUAAGAGCACUGGAACUUCCAAACGGUUUGGAUUUGUGGAAUUUGACAGCGAGGAAAAUUGUAAAGCUGCCAAAGACGGCAUGGAAGACUGUAAGAUCGACGGCAGCAGAGUCACUGUAAUUUACGCUGCACCGAGGGGUGAAAGUUCAUCUGGGCCUGCUGGGGGGGGGGGCGUCGCCUGGCACACACGGCAGGAAACAAAGGUAAAUGAUGUGGAUCUGGAAUUGCGCCACCAAGCUGCUGAAGAAGUGAAAACUACAAUUUAACUUCUGGAAGACUUUUCUGCUGAUGUUUCUUUGUUUCAGUUUUUAGCACCUCUAAGCUUCUUUCAGUACAACUGUAACAUAUUUUUAAACAGAUCUUGUAGUUAGAAGUCAUGUUUUGGAUUGUAAAACAUUUACUCUUCAUUUAUUAAAAGUUUGCCAAUAGAAACAUUGUCAGAUGAUGAAGUUUUCUA